UUUCGUUUUGGUAUAUUGAAAAACCUAUCUUUUUAAGCUUUCACUUUGUUUCUUCCCCUAUCUGGAACCCAAUAUUGAAGGAUUCAGAGGGAAAUGCAGAGGCGCUUGUUGUCUUCUCCUUCAACUACUAAUUGCGCAGGACUCCGUCUUCACCCGUCACUGAUGCCCAAGUUUCAGCUCAAGGUCGUUAAACUUAUGUCUUCAAUACCAUCUCACACUAGAUUUAAAAAACUCAGACCCCCUCCAAGCCUCAUGUCGAGUCAACUAAAAUGUGGUCAACCUUUGAAUUUUUUCUCAACCCUUCACAAUUCCUUCAUGUUUGUUUUGCCACCCAACCACUUAAGUUAUAGGCUACCUUGGAAUAGAAAUGUAACCUCAACAUGUGUGACUUCCAAUGUUAUCAGAUCAACCUCAGCCUUUGUGCCACUUUCCAAAAUGUUUUUUUCUCAAUCCCCUUCAGUGGCAGCUAAGAAUGAUGGUACGGGUGCCAGAGAUGGAAAGAGCACUGGCUUCAGCUUCAGACGGUUUAAUAGGCAUUCGAAGAAGCUCAAGGGAGUAGCUGCUCUCAAUGGUAACAAGGGUGUGCCUUUUGAAUCACCUGCUUCAACUUUACUUCUUGACAAUGCUAAGCCAGACUCUACUUCCAAUGCACUUGUUAACACUUCUAGGCCAGAGUCUACUUCUACUUCAUUGGGUACCAAUGCUAAGCCAGAAUCUAAAGUUAGUCCGAAAAAGAAAAAACAGUCGAGAAGUAAGAACCAAAAGGAACAAAUUUCUAGCACUGUUGUUUCCACAGAGGAAGCACCUGUGGUGAAAAGCUCAAAAAAUUCUUCUCUGGUAGGGACCUCAAAUAUUAGCAAAAAAGGUCAGCCUCCCAAACGGACUUCAGAGAAAAAUUCAACUGGCAACUUACUUACUGAAGCUCUUGAUGGUUCUGCUUUAACCAAAAAGCAGUCCAAAAAGAAAAAUACAGGCCCAAGCAGAAGGCAGCCAGUGAGAGAAGACAAUGAGCCAAUUCAGAAACAGGUGCAGAAAAAAUCAUCCCAACGAGAAAAGCCGCUGAAGCAACUAUAUCCUCCCACUGGGAAGUCUGUUAUGGUGGUUGAGUCUGUCACAAAGGCGAAGGUUAUUCAGGGCUACCUUGGUGAUAUGUUUGAAGUCUUGCCUAGCUAUGGUCAUGUUAGGGACCUAGCUGCUCGUUCAGGAUCUGUGCGACCUGAUGAUGAUUUUAGCAUGCUAUGGGAGGUCCCUAGUGCUGCAUGGACGCAUCUUAAGAGCAUUAAGGUUGCACUGUGUGGAGCAGAAAAUCUUGUUCUUGCAUCUGACCCAGACCGUGAAGGGGAGGCUAUUGCUUGGCACAUCUUAGAGAUGUUGCAGCAGCAGGAUGCUUUAGGUGAAAAUGUUACUGUAGCAAGAGUUGUUUUUCAUGAGAUAACCGAGGCAUCCAUCAAAAGUGCUUUGCAAAUGCCACGGGAAAUUGAUGUUAACUUGGUACAUGCUUAUCUUGCCAGACGUGCUCUUGAUUAUCUGAUUGGGUUUAACAUUUCACCACUAUUAUGGAGAAAACUACCAGGUUGCCAGUCUGCUGGACGAGUGCAAUCAGCUGCUUUGUCUCUUAUUUGUGAUAGAGAAACAGAGAUUGAUGAGUUUAAACCACUCGAGUAUUGGACUAUUGAGGUUCAGUUGAAAUUUGAAGAAUCAAAUACUGUAGUAAAAGAUGCUUCUUUCCCUGCACACUUGACUCAUUUUAGUUCAAAGAAGUUAGGUCAAUUCUCAAUCACUUCAGAGACAGAGGCAAAAGAUGUUCAGCAGAAGAUUAAAUUAGAAAAUUUUAAAGUGAUCAACUCUAAAAGAAACACCACCCGAAGAAACCCUCCUGCACCAUAUAUAACAUCGACACUUCAGCAGGAAGCUGCAAACAGAUUAAAUUUUCCUGCAACGUAUACAAUGAAGCUUGCACAGAAGCUUUAUGAAGGGAUUCAAUUGUCAGAUGGUGAGGCAACUGGGUUGAUAACAUACAGCAGAACAGAUGGGCUGCAUAUUUCUGAUGAAGCUGUUAAGGACAUUCGUUCCUCGGUUACGGAAAGAUAUGGGCCACGUUUCACCCCAGAAAAUGCUUGUAAGUAUUAUAAGAAGGUCAAGAAUGCUCAAGAGGCUCAUGAAGCAAUUAGACCCACCAAUAUUCGGAGGUUACCAUCAAUGCUUGCAGGAGCACUUGAUGAAGAUUCAUUGAAGUUAUACACUCUUAUUUGGUCAAGAACAAUGGCAUGUCAAAUGGAACCUGCAAUCACAGAGCAGAUGCAACUUGAAAUCGGGAAUUGUGAUGAGUCUGCCAUUUUCCGAUCUUCAUGCUCAAGAGUGGAGUUCCUUGGCUAUCAGUCUGCUUAUCAGGAUGAUGAAUCUGAAACAAUCGGAUUUAAGGAUAACGAAGUAAACCGCUAUGCCGAGACUUUUGGCAUUCUUAGUUCGUUGAAGAAGGGGGAUCGGUUAUAUCUUGGUGAAGUAGAAACCAAGCAGCAUCAUACUCAGACACCACCACGCUAUUCUGAAGGAUCAUUGGUUAAGAAAUUGGAGGAGCUUGGAAUCGGUAGACCUUCGACAUAUGCCUCAACAUUGAAAGUCUUACGGGAUAGAAAUUACAUGACAGUAAAAAAUCGUGUAUUAUACCCAGAAUUUCGCGGUCGCAUGGUCUCAGCAUUUCUCUCUGACCAUUUUUCUGAGGUCAAUGAUUACAGUUUUACAGCUGAUAUGGAGACAGAACUUGACAAUGUUUCUGCUGGAUUAACUGAAUGGAAAGGGCUCCUUAGGGACUACUGGGCACGUUUCAGCUCAUAUUGUAGUCGUGCUGCGAGUGUUCACAUUCAUCAGGUGGAGAAGAUGUUGGAAAAGACAUUUGGAGAUUUCUUGUUUGCUUCUCUCCCUAAUAAAAGUAGGACGUGUCCAAGUUGCAUGGAGGGCACGUUAAUAUUCAAAGUAAGCAGGUUUGGUGCAGGCUAUUUUAUAGGGUGUGACCAACAUCCAAAGUGCAAGUACAUUGCUAAGUCAUUAUAUGGUGAUGAGGAGGACGGAGAGAGCCCUCAAAAGAACAACAACAUCGAGGAGCCAAAACUAUUAGGUCUUCAUCCAGGGACCAAUGAGAAGAUUUUCUUAAAGAGUGGCCCUUAUGGACACUAUGUGCAGCUUGGUGAAAACAGGACCGGUUAUCAACCCAAGCGAUCCUCUGUUUCUCAUAUAAAGAACAUGGAUUCUAUCACCCUUGAAGAUGCCCUCGAGCUGCUGCGUUACCCUGUGACACUGGGAGAACACCCCAAGGAUGGGCACCCUGUGAUAUUGAAGCUUGCUAGGAUCGGAUUCGCUGUUCGCCAUCGACGCACCACUGAUCCUGUUCCCAAGGGUAUGAAGCCGAAAGAUGUGACCAUAGAGAAAGCAUUGGAACUUUUGUCAAGUAAAGAUGUAAGAAGAUCUGGACGACCUAAGAACAAACCAAAAGUUGAAGAAGAAGAAGAAUACAUUUGAAACCAAUAGUGUUGUAAGGUAGAGAAUUUUGGGAUAAGUACCAAGGAUUUUGGCUGGAGGUAAGAACAAAUCAUUAGGCACGGAUAGCAGCGAUGACUUCUAUUGUUUUUCUUCAACAUGUAAUCAUGGAUAUGCAUGGUGAGGUUGAAU